CGGCGGGGCCGGAGAGCGUGGCUUUCGACGCGAGCGGCGAUGGCCCGUACACGGGCGUGUCGGACGGGCGAGUCCUCAGGUGGCUGCCGAGCGAGCGCCGUUGGGUCGAGCACUCGUUCUCCUCCGCGCCGGAACUUUGGGGGCACGUUCCAGUGGCAGCUCACCUAAAUAAGUCUGCAGCCUGCGUUGCGACAGUGCAAAUUUGCUCUGCUGCUAGCCUGCCUGCCUGCUUUCUCUCCGAUGCGCGCCGAGCUGUUCGUGCUCGCCGCCUUGGUCGCGGCUCCGAUCCUCCUCUCGCUCGGCUCGCGCAGCGACGUGGGGCUGCUGGAGAUAGGAGAUGGCAACGUCGAGCUGGUCCCGCUCGACGGCGCCGCGGGGCCGGAGAGCAUCGUGUUCGGCGGGGGCGGCGAGGGGCCGUACACGGGCGUGUCGGACGGCCGGGUCUUGGAGUGGCGGCCGGAGGAGCGGCGGUGGGUGGAGCACUCCUGCUCUGCGCCGGAGCUGUUGGGCAGUUGCAGAGGCUCUCAGGACCCAGGCCGGGAGCACGCGUGUGGGCGUCCAUUGGGCCUCAAGUUCAACGACGAGACAGGGGAGCUGUACGUCGCAGACGCGUACCAUGGUCUGAGAGUGGUCAGCCCAGGGGACAAUGUGUCCAGACCGCUUGUACCGGAGUGGCAAGCGAGCCGUUCGUUCAGCUUCGCCAACGGCGUCGAGAUCGACCAUGAAACCGGAGCCAUCUACUUCACCGAGACCAGUACAAGGUUUCAGAGAAGGGAGUUCUUGAGCAUAGUCAUAUCCGGCGACAGCACUGGCAGAUUGCUGAAAUAUGACCCGAAGAAGAACCAGGUUGAAGUCUUGGCUGAUGGUCUAGCUUUCCCCAAUGGCUUGGCUAUGAGCAGAGACGGCACCUACCUGCUCCUUGCAGAAACCACAACCGGCAAAAUUCUAAGGUAUUGGAUCAAGACGCAAAAGGCCUCAACACUCGAACAAGUCACGCAGCUGUCCUGGUUUCCAGAUAACAUCAAGAUGAGCCCUAGAGGAGGAUUUUGGGUCGGCCUCCAUGCCAAGAGAGGGAAGAUCGCCGAGUGGUCCAUUUCUUACCCUUGGCUGAGGAGGUUGAUGCUCAAGUUGCCAAGACGCCAUGUUCAGCGCGUCUCAUCGCUCUUGAAUCAGCUUGGUCGGCAAGUGAUAGCGCUGAGAUUGAGCGAGGAUGGGAGAACAAUAGAAGCUGUCAGUGUUCAUGGCGCUGCACAGAAGGCGUUCAGGUCUGUCAGCGAAGUGGAAGAAAGGAACGGGAGGUUAUUUAUAGGCUCUGUUAGUUCACCUUUUCUCGGAGUACACAGUUUGUAGAAAGAAAUAGAGGAUAAAAUUAAGUAUGCGUUGCGGGUAUAUUAUUCUAGAAAAAAGGUUUACGCCAUAGGUAUGGUAGCAAAAUUGGUCUUAUCGAACAGCUCGAGUUUAUUCAGUGCUAUUUGUUUUCUCACUGCCGGCUGUGCUAGGCAUGAGACACGAAAAUGCAGUGCGAUCAAAAUUAAGCUAGUCAACGUGAACCAAAAGUUUUGUAUAACCUCUCAUAGCACCAUAGUUGGAAUAAAUAUAAAAAGCAACGGGUUUUGCUACUUCAUCUA